UGACGCCAUUCCCGCCCCUCCAUAAGCACCGCCCCGGGGCGGCCGCCCCGCUGCUGACGGGAGCGAAGAUGGCUGCGGCCGCCUCCGAUCUGCUGACGGGAUGGUGCCUCUUCGGCCUGGCUCUGCUGGCCAUUUUAAUUUUCUGCUGGGUUUACGUGCGCAAGUACCAGAGUCGGCGGGAAAGUGAAGUGAUUUCUACCAUAACAGCAAUAUUUGCGUUGGCCGUUGCUCUUAUCACAUCAGCACUACUACCAGUGGACAUCUUUUUGGUUUCGUAUAUGAAAAACCAAAAUGGUACAUUUAAGAUCUGGGCUGAUGCUAAUGUUUCAAGACAAAUUGAAGACACUGUACUUUAUGGAUAUUACACUUUGUACUCGAUCAUACUGUUCUGCGUCUUUCUGUGGAUUCCCUUUGUCUAUUUCUAUUAUGAGGAGAAGGAAGAUGAUGAUGGCAACACAUGCUUGCAGGUUAAAACUGCACUCAAAUACACUCUGGGAUUCAUCACAGUUUGUGCAGUUCUUCUCUUAAUUGGUGCUUUUGUUCCUUUGGAUAUUCCCAACAAGAAGAAUUCCACAGAGUGGGAGAAAGUGAAGCUCCUGUUUGAAGAAUUUGGAAGUAGUCAUGGCUUGACUGCACUUUCAUUUUCCAUUAGUUCUUUGACUGUGAUUGGAAUGCUGGCGGCUAUCACUUACACAGCUUAUGGUAUGUCAGCUUUGCCUCUAAACUUGAUUAAGGGAACUACCAGUGCAGCUUAUGAACGUUUAGAGAACACUGAAGGUAUUGAAGAAGUGGAGCAACAUUUAUUAAGGAUUAAAUCAAAGUGCAGAGAUGGCCGCCCUCUGUCAUCAAGGGAUAGACGGACUCUAAAACAAUUAGAAGAAAGAUUAAGGACACUUCGAAGGAGAGAGAGGCAUUUGGAAUCUAUUGAGAAAAGCUGGUGGACAAAGUUCUGUGAAGCUAUCCGACCUUUAAAGAUUGUGUGGGGAGUAUUCUUCAUCAUUGUGGCACUGCUCUUCACUGUCUCUCUGUUCUUGUCAAAUUUGGACAAAGCUCUGCAUUCGGCUGGUUUCGACUCAGGAUUUAUAAUUUUAGGAACUAAUCUGACCAAUCCAUUGAAUAUGUUGUUACCAGUUCUUCAAAGAGUUUUUCCACUUGAUUAUAUUCUUAUUACAACUAUUGUUAUGUACUUUAUCUUCACUUCAAUGGCAGGGAUUCGAAAUAUGGGUAUAUGGUUCUUCUGGAUAAGGCUUUAUAAAAUCAGACGAGGAAAAACUCGACCUCAAGCACUCUUAUUUCUCUGUAUGAUACUUCUGUUGAUAGUUCUUCAUACAAGUUACAUGAUUUACAGUCUUGCUCCACAAUAUGUAAUGUAUGGAAGCCAGAAAUACCUGGUGCAGAGUAAUCAGACAGUUGAUGGCCAGCCAAGGAAUGUGACAUUUGUAUCUAAAGACUGUGAUGCAGAUGCACCUGAAGAUCAGUGUAUUGUCACUCGAACGUACCUCUUUCUUCAUAAGUUUUGGUUCUUCAGUGCUGCCUAUUACUUUGGGAACUGGGCAUUCAUUGCAGUCUUUUUAAUUGGAUUAAUUGUUUCAUGCUGCAAAGGCAAGAAAUCAGUCAUUGAAGGUGAAGUGGAUGAUGAUGAUUCAGACAUGAGUGAUGAUGAACUGUCUGUUUAUUACCAUUGAUAUCCUUUUGCCUUCAAGAUGAAAAAAGUGUAAUUUAAAGUUAUGUUGCAAGUCAUACCCGUGUGGAAUUUGUAUCCAAAUAAGCAUCCUUGCACCUGUAAAGAUAGAAGAAAUAACUGUAAUCACUUAAAGAGGUAAAAAACCUGAAUAUCACUUUUUGAGUAUCACUGUUAAAUGAGAACGAAUAUUGAAGCUGAGUUUGAAUAAUAUAUAGAAAAUAUUGUUUUAUGAUUAAACAUGUAUGUAAAUUUCUGAUGUAUAAUUUGAUGAACUGUUGUAACUAUUUCAUAAUUCAUUGUGUUUUUCUGUUAACUUAAGUUUUCUUAAAUACUUUCACGCUCAACAUGUAGGACUUUUUUAUUCGUAAAUAAACUAGCUAAAAUCCUGCAAAACAGUGCAAAUAUUGCUGGAAAUAUUUGGAUUAGAUUUAUACUUUCAGAAGGGUUUGACUUUUGCAUUAGUUUUGCUGGCAUUUCUGGGAUAUCCAUACAAAACUAUAGCUAAUAAGAGACUGUCCUCUAAAGUAUGCCAAAAACAUUCACUUAGGUGGUGAGUUCCCAGUCCAUGAAAAAUAAGUAAUUUUCAUACUAUUAUCCCCACUGAGUUACCAUGGGAAUCCUCGGGUAACUAUGAGGUGGCUUUUACUCUAUCAGAGGAAAUCAUUAGUGUAAAUUACAAUAUUCAGCACUGUUGCAGUGUUUUAGCACAGUUCAGUUCUGAAACUGCCAGGUGCCUGAUUUAGUCAUAACUAAUGGAAUAAUUGAGAUGCAAUUAAUUUUUAACAUAUUUUUCUCUUUAAUGCAAAUUGUCUAGUUUGAAGUUUUCUCUCAGUAUUUAAUGUAAAUGUUGUCAACUUGUUUACAAGCCAAUAUGUUUAUAUAAACACAGUUCAUAAAUAUUUUUGUCAUUCAUGUUGUUUUUGUAAAGUAAUCCUAUUUUAGCUAUAUAGUUACUGAACUAUAUUUCUAAGUCUGGAAAAAAUCUUCAGAUAUCCUUUCACAGACUCAGAAAGAGACAAUGAUUACAAAUACAGGGUUUUAAGCUUCUAGGGCUACCUGAGGGACACUAUAGUCCAUGCAAGCCCAUGGAAAUGUAACUUAUGUAGUCUUUUUACAAGACUAAUUGUUAAAUAGCUAUUAAAAUGUGGGGGAAUUAUUAUGUCCUGUUUGCAUGUUUGCAAACACUAAAGUUAUUUCAAGAACAGUCUGCCUCUUCCUGCAGUAUUUCAGAACAGCAGGGUCUCGGGAACUUCUGAAUUUUAAUUUAACUUCAGUAUUUGAGGAAGUCUUAGGUGAGUUGCUUAGUUAAUGCAUGAACACAGGGAACUGAUGUUUGGACUUUUAUAGGAAGAAACAAAACUGAAGUCUUUGAACAAGCCUUCUGUGCCAGCUACUCCAAUAGCAUAAAUGUUGGUGGCAACCUGGAAGAAUGUCUCUUGUAGGUUAUCAUGAGCUACAAAUAUGCAGUCAGGUCUGUUCAACUAAUACCAGUCAAUCAAUUUGCUGCCAAUGAGACAUUUGAAAGGACACAAAUGUAUUCAAACAGUGACAGUAGGUACUGGAAUUUGACUAGUCAAUCUGAGCUCCCUUUGACUAGAAUUAGCUGAAUACUAUUUAAACAUGACCAUUGGUGAAACUUUCAGGAAAUUAUUUAAAAGAAGUUCAAGUAACUCAAACAAAAGGUGGAACCUGAUUUUGGCUGUCUGGAAGCUGCAUCCAAAAGGUAGCAGGAAGUUGGAGCAUACUUAUUUGUGGAUGCCCUGAUGGAAAACUUACAUGAGCUAAUUUAAAUAAAGGUAGCUGUUCAGAUGUC